AUGACAUUUUCACAAAACAUUAUAUUAUAUAUCCAUAAUUUCCUAUUUAUUUUUAGUGACUUUAUUAUACUACCUGGUUACGUCUCUUUCAAUAAUUCUGAAGUCGAUCUAUCCACAUUCUUAACCCGGAACAUAGCAUUAAAGUUACCCUUUGUUUCGUCUCCUAUGGAUACGGUUACUGAAGCUAAUAUGGCUAUCGCCAUGGGUUUGUGCGGUGGAAUAGGUAUUAUUCAUCACAAUUGCUCAAUCGAUUAUCAAUUAGAUCAAGUUCGAAAAGUUAAGAAAUAUGAGCAAGGUUUUAUUAUGGAUCCAGUUGUUAUGCCGCCUCAUUCCACCGUUGCUGAUGUGCUUUCCGUUAAAUCAAAGCUGGGAUUUAGUGGAAUUCCUAUUACGGAGAACGGGAAAAUUGGUGGUCGAUUAGUUGGACUCGUAACAUUACGUGAUAUUGAUUUUGUUGGAAAGACUGAUUUGAACAUUCCAGUUUCUGCGGUGAUGACACCAUUUGAGAAUCUCAUUACUGCAACUCAUGGGAUUGGUCUUACUGAAGCUAAUACUAUCUUGCAAAAAAGCAAGAAAGUCCAUUUCAAGAGAACUAAGGUAAUUAUGGACGGAUAA